UCAAUCUUUUACUACUAUUACUACUACUAUAUAUGCCACUUGUGAAUACUGGCUAUUACAGUUGUAUAAUUUUUCCAUAGGCUAAGAAAUUUUGUUGUUAAAGGAAAAAUGAAAUUAUGGGCUUUUGUUUUUGUGUUAAUGGCAUUUGGGAUGUUUAUAGGGCAGUCCAGUGCCUCUGUUUCUACUUUUAGGGAUUGCUAUUCGAAAUGCUUUAUAUUCUGCUUAAUUGAACCUUCUCAAAAUCUUUGUACUUGUACUUCUAGAUGCUUAAAAGAAUGCAUUUUUAGUUCUGAUCCAGGUAAUAGUUCCUCUAUUAUUCCCACUUCACACAAUGAUGUUGCAGACAGUAAGAAUCUUAACUUCUGCAAGCUUGGUUGUGCUUUCUCUACAUGUUCUGGUCUCAGCACAAAACAUCAACCUAAUGGUGGAAAAAUGGACGAUUGUGUUGGAUCCUGCUCAAGAAUGUGCACCAAAAACUACACAAUUCCAUAGAAAUGACACUAUUACAGUCUCUAAUAUUUUAUUGUACUUCAUUGUUUUUAGCUUCUUUUUUUCUUUUUUCUUUUUUUUUUCCGUUGGUGUGUGUGUGCUAAUCCCCAUUUUUUUGAAUUUCGUUUUCUUAUGUUGUUUUCAAGUUUGAAGAUGGAAAAGUAAUUCACGAGAGUGUGUUUCUGAA